CCUCCCCCCCCCUCCCCUAUCAAUCGCGUUUCCCCCUUUUGGCCUCGCUCGGCGUGUGCCUCAUUAGCUCCCACCCCUUCCCUCUCUCUCUCUCUCUCCCAUCCCGCCCGCGACGCCCGCGUCCGUGAACCAACCAUGCGGGUCCCUGUGCCGGUGGGAAGUGCGGCCCCGCCAAAGUCCGUGGCGCCGGCCCCUCCUCCUUUGAAUGCUGAGGCCCCCCCAUUGGCUCCGAACACCCUGCCAAAGAAGUACAUCUGCCAUGGCAGCGGGUGUGCCAAGCGCUAUGCCACGGCAGCCGGCCUGUCGCGCCACCUGAAAAACGUGCAUAAUAUCGACACCGGCCUGACAUCGGCCUCGUCCAGCCGGGCAGCCACCCCCGGUGCCUCGCGCGGGGUGUCGCCCUCGCCAGGCCCGGGGGCCGGCGCCCGCCGGGCUGGCAGCUCCCCUGCGUCCGACAUGUCGACAGACGCUCUUCCCUCGGCGAGGGCCAAUCGGCCGGGUGCUGGCGAUGCUGACGCCGGCCCUGGUCGAACUGGCAGCGCCCAGCCACCGGACUCCGGUUCAGAACCUCCAAUCAAAAAACGCCGGCUACCGAAGACCCCGGCCGGGCUGCCUCGUAAGUCUUCCGAUGCCGGCUCCAGCUCGGCAUCCGGAUCCGGAUCCGAUACUUCGAUCAAUGAACCGCCCAACCGACGCAAGUCAAGCGACUCCGGCCGUGCAGAUGCAGCUCGAGCUGGUGUAUCCUCCGAUGCCGGCAAGCCGCCAGCGGCCGCCGGACAAGGGGCUCCGCAGGCCCCACGCCGGCGGCCGGCUCAGGUGCCGGGAUCCGGCGCUCUUGCCCCGGGCCAAUCGGCCCCCGGCCUUCCCGCCGGUGAGCAUUCCAAAAAGCGCCUCCCCGUGGAUCCCUUCGACUCGUUUGUCAAUUCGCCCGAACGCUUUGCGGCCCUUCUGUCGCCCGACGCUCCGGCCCCGCCAGCCCGGCCGACUCCGGUCCACGUGGAGUUCUCCCUGGAGCGGGCCUUGCACGGGGGUGGCUUGACCACGCAAACGGCCGGCCUCUUUCGGCUUCUGCCACCGAGUGGGCCGUGCCUGCGACUUGUGCCACCCACGCCGGCCCCGGGUCCGGCCCCAGCCAGCGAUCCCUUCGGCCCGCUGCCGGAGCUCAGCCAGCCGGUCGGGGAGCUGGCCGCCCGGGAUCCGGUGCUCGGGUGCCCGACGGCCGUGCGUCUGGCACUCGGCGCUUGCCCAGUGGCCGAAGCUGCGCGUCUUCGUCGGCGUGCGCGCUUUUCGCGCCUGUCCCCCGGCCUGCUGCUGUCCCAGCUGACUCGGUCGAUACCGCAUCUUCAGGCAGCUUCUGCCGCGGCUUCCCGGUCGCAGCUUGCCCCUUUGCCUGACUCGCCGGCUCUGUCGUCGCCUGGGCCCCUGUCGGCCUCGGCCUCGGCCUCUUCCCUGCAGCAGCAGCAGCAGCUCCCCUCGCCGGACUCAUCACUAUCGUCUCUCUCACUGGCGCACUCGGCCCCGGGGUCGUCGAGCCCCAGUUCGGCUGGCGCGUCUCCGACUCUCUCCUCAGUGCCCUCCGGGGGGUCCUCCUCAAUGUCCUCGCCCCUCUGGUCACAUGGCGGGCGGAAGUCGCUCAACGCCAAAUAAUGGAUACCUAUGGACCGGGGGCCUUUUCCCUCCUCCCCUCCUCUCUCUCUCUCUGUGUGACGGGCAUGCAGGGGAUCGGUGGAUGUAAUAACAAGGACAAUGUAUUCCGGAGGGAAGGAAAGGGCAAGGCAAGGGGGAGAGGAGACAGGGGGAGGGAGAAUCUGGCACUGAGAGAUUCACAUGCCCAAAACCGGCCCGGAGCUUCGGGAACUCAGUUGGAAGAGAGAAGGGCGGGGAGGGGGGGAGGGGGGGAGAAGAAACCUCCGACCCUGGGUCUAGGAACUUCUUUCCUCUCCCAUAGGCACAGCACGCUUGUGGGAGGGGCGACAGCCA